AUGUCGAUUGCGCUGACGCCACAAGCUCCAGCAGCCACAAAUGGUGAAAAUGAGAGUAUCGUUCAACUCCUGGAGCACUUCAAAGACGACGAUGGACGUGUGGCCCUCCUUGUCAAGGAGCUGCAAGAGUUGUCCAACCGAGUACAGGUGGCGGAAUUGGCGACAGUUGACCCUCGCUUAGCAACCGCCGGCCGCCGAGGCUCCGGAACCGACAGCGGCGCCGGCGCCGGCAAUAGCGGCGGACCGCCGUACCGCCGCGGCUCAAGCCCAACCAGCGCCAGCGGGGCCCGUCUCCGGGGAGCGGACGCCUUCGCUGAUGCCGUACACCGUGUACGGCGUACGAUUUACCAUGGUCCUCCAAAAUCGCAGCAGGGUCAGGGAUCAGGCGGCGGCGGCAGCGGCGGCAGCGGGGAAAACGGCCGAGGCCAGGCGGAAUCUGGAUCUGGGUCUGGGCGGGUGGAGGAGGCGGUGCUUCCUGAACCACCGGAGGACCCCAGCCAGCCCCUACCGCUGCCCCCCGGAGGCCACGAGUGGGAGGCCCUCCAGGCCGCAGUCAACGAUAGCGUGGCGUCGUUCGGCGCGGCGGCUGCCAAGAUGGGCUGGAAGAAGUGGGCGCUGACUCGAGCACACUCCGCCCUGCUGGUGAGUCUGUUUUGGUGGGUCGUGGCGGCGGCCUUUCGCUCCGAACACCCGCUUAGCAGACCGCUACAAGACUUUGCAUUCGGACACUUUUGCCGUCAUUACGUCACUGUCGUACUGAACCUGCGCGGCAAAGCGCGGGAUCAGUACCAGCAAGUUUGGAUCGAGAUGAUGGCGGCGGCGGCGCUGUACCUCUUAGUGGACGUUUUCCCUCGCGCCGCCGCGGUGGCCUCUGGCGGCGGCGGCGGCGGCGGGCCGCCACGUGUGAUGGCGCUCACGCGUUCCCCGCCGGCGCUGGCUUCCGCUGCGUCGGAGAUGUUCAGUGGCCACAGCGGCAAGUCAACUCCGCACCGGCGCCCGAGUUCCACUCGGAUCAGCCCGGAAGGCUCCAUAAAAAACAGCACCAGCAGUCGCACCUUUAUGGGUUCUGUUACGGCACCCGCCGGGCUCGCCGGGUACGGCAACGACGGCAGCGUCAACGGCGGCGGUGGCGGCGGUGGCGACGGGGACGGCCGCGGGCACGGCGGCCCGCAAGCGUUCGUGUUCACAAAGAACAGCCCCGUCAUGGUGCAGAUGCUUCUGGCGGGUGCCGGCGGCGGCGGAGGCGGCGGAGGCGGUAGCUCUGCUGCGGCGGAGGCCUAUGGCGGCGGAGGCGGCAGCGGCGCCGCCGCGCCGCCCAUUAUUAAGGGCCUUAUGAAACACACAGUGGGUGGCACGCUGGCGCGAUUUCACAGGGCCCUGGACGAGGCUAGUGACGAGGAGCUGAGUUACAGCCGUCUUGCGGCGGCCGCCUCCGCCAGCACGACGGACGCCGUGUCGUCGUACGAGGCCAGCCGUCGGGCGGCAGCGGCGGAGGCGGCGGCGAUGCGUCGGGGGCUGUUGGAAGUUCGCGGUCUGAUUGAGGCGCGGCAACGUGCGGCCCUGGCGGCUGGCAGCGGUCAGCUGAAGCAGAUGAGCGACCGGCUGAGUGGAUACAUACAGAAUGACGUGGACAGGUUGAUGGCGGGAAAGCCCACUGGCGCGGAGCCCGCCAGCAGCGGCGACGUGCCUCGGUACUUGCGACCCAUAGCCGGACAUCGCAGCGGGGGAGCGGUGGGGGAGAGCCCCUCCAUCAAACCAGCACGGCUCAUGGCGCCAUUGUACGAGAUGCGGCGAGUGGAGGGUAACAUCCGGGCCGCACUUGCGGGUGGUCGGCACAGCAGUACGGACACGGUGGCGCGGGUGACGGCGGUGACGGCGGCGCGGGAGGCCGCCUCCGCCGCCGACUGGCGGCCCCUGGCGCAGUAUCCAGUGGGGACCAAGGACACACGGAGGCGGAAAAUGGCGGCGCACGUGCUGUACGGCUUGGAUCUCGAGCAGUACACCUUGUAG